CGCUGUCCCAUCGAUGUCGCAUUGAUCCCAGACCAAGCUGUUAUUCUUACUUCGGCAGAUGUGGAUGCGCAAGAUAUGAGCAUCGGCUUCGUCAAUCUUCCUGCACAAUUUGGCCCCGACCGUCCGGCCAUGCGAACCGUCCCACUCAGCGUAGUUUCUCGGUCACGGGAUCACUCCAUCGCCGUCUUCGAAAGCCCUGUCGAGGCUGGAGUUUACCGUGUUCGAGUGAAAGUCUCUGGUUUCAUUGGUCCAUCCGUGCCAGGCAUCAUAACCUACAGCCUCUUGCUCCGUGGCUCCAAAUGCACAUUCGAGGGAGAAGUCCGCCAUGAAACGCUGCCUCGUGACGGUAGCUUCGUGGGGCUCACGUACUCCGGUCAUCUUGCCGUGUGGCGCACAAAUCAUCUUCAAAGUCACAAGGAGCUCAUUGUUUUCGCGCCAGGAGCGUCUUUGCCCACAGUGCUCAAGGACUGCCCCGCCUUCUCAACCGUAUCGCCGUACUCAGGGACCAUGUGUUACUGGGAUUUUGGUGGUAUCUACAUAUCGUACUAUUCGUAGACUCACCAUGUUCUCGAUCAGUCCCGGUACCCAAAUAUAUGCACCUCUGCUCAAAAUGGAAAUCGACUUGCCUAAUUGGAUGGGGACCCCUUUGCCUCUAUCCACCGAUGUCCUCAUCUCUCUUGCGUCUCAACGAAACGACCCUCAUCUUCUACCCACCGCAACAGAAAGACGGAGACGAGCUGCACGCCCCCCAUGUAGUCCAAGUCACGAUGAAGAUGGAUCUGGCGGAUGACGUCAGAGUGCCCAAGGUGGAAGACGUAGCUUGCUAUUGUGAUGCACAGGUGGAUAUCACGGUCCGUCCAGCGCGUGGGCACCUGAACCUUCUCUGUGACCGACCCCCUCUGCGAAGGCCGCCAUCCAGACGAUUCUGUUGCACAACAUCCUGCAGCCCCUGCCCAAGCGGAUCGAGAUGGACGGGUCGGGCUAUGUUCUGGUCGGCG